UGUUGGUAUCGACAAAUGCAUCUCUCCAGUCUCUACUGCUACUCAGGGUUCGAAAAGGUUAGUGUAAUAUCAAGCUACACUUUUGCGAUAUGGUUCAAUAUUCUUUCCGACGGGGACGUGUUAUCUUCAACGGAAAAUAACUUGCUCAAUGUAAUUCGGUUCUCGCCUCUUGACCUGUCAGAUGAUUUGGUUAUCGCCGUUAACAUGCUGCGAGCACGACCGAAACAGGUCGUACUUAAUUGCCAAAGAAAACGUACAAAAUUAGCACUGCUUGACGACAUAAAUACAAAGCCAGUUGAGUUCCUUUUGCCGUUUGUAAAAUCUCAACACUCCAACGUCACAGUAACUGCUCCGCGCAUGGAGCAAUUUUGUAAAUAUGAAAAUGACGCCCGCGAUACUGUUUACUGUAUCCUUCAAACGUACAAGAUACGAAGAACCUCAAACACAUCCUUAGCCGUCGCGCCAUUAGGUUUUUGGACGCUUGAAAAUGGUACUGAAAAUUUAAGAUCGUUUUUACCGGUGGAGCGUAGACUAGAUUUUCACGGAUUUCCAUUAAUUCUGGGGAAAAAGAAGUACACUCAAGAUGCCACUGUGGCAAAUGAAAACAUUAUCGAAGAAAACAAUGAUCCGGAUAAUAUGGAAAAAAUAGCGGAUUACAUCAGAUCAUUUUUGAAUGCCAAGGAGCGGGAUAUAACAUAUGUAAGUCUGGGAUUAAAAGGGACAAAUGACGAAUGGAGCGACCUGUUGGGAGCAGUAGUUAAACAAGAAGUCGAUUUAGGCUUGGACACGGUUAUUAAAACACCCGAGAGAUACGAAGAUAUGUCAUUUUCGCAUAACGUCAUGUUAUCUAUACGAAACAUUUACCUGAAGCCUGAAGAGUCGCACUCAGCCCGAGAUAUUUUUCUCGUUCCGUUCGGGAAGAAAUUACUGCUCUCAUUGGUUGCUACCAUCAUUAUAAUCGCCAUCGUCAUGGCGAUUUAUUUGAGAUCGUUACAACGAACGAAUUCCUCCAAAAAUGUUUUGGGUCAGCGAUGUUUCUCUGACUCUGCCGUCUGGUGUUUGGCUGUGUUUAGUAUGCAGGGUAGCUUAAUAAAACCGAAAACAUAUUCAGGAAAUGUUAUUGUGGUUACAUCGUUAUUGCUUGCCUUGAUAGUAUACAAUUCAUACCAGGCCUUCAUCACCUCUGUGCUGUCAAUAAAACUCACUAGUAUUCGCACUGUAAGCGAUUUACUAGAUAGUGAUUAUGAUAUCGGCUACACGAAGAAUAGCCAGGACGAAAUUUUUUUACGAUCCAUGAACAACGUGUCUCAAUUGAAAGAAAUUUAUCUGCGAGGAUAUUUACACAACAAUAUAAAGAACAUUACCGAAGGACUAAUAAAGGCAACGAAUGGAAAUUAUGGAUUUUUUGCGACAAAUCAUUUGGCGCGGAAACAGCUUCUAAAAAUUAGUAGCUACAAAUGUAAGUACGAAAUUAUGGAAAUUCCCAUUGCAUCUACAAUGAAGAGCGUCGCUUUUCCUAUGGCAAAACACUCUCCAUAUAACAAGCUUAUCAAUUUAUGCCUUAUAAAAAUGUAUGAGUCCGGAAUACACGACUAUAUAAUUACACUGAUCGCACCCGGCUUACCAGCCUGCAAUAAACCAAGAACUUAUCAAAGUGCGAGGAUCAACGAUUUAACUACAGCUUUCGCCAUAUUGGGUCUGGGUGUUAUGCUAUCAAUGGGAAUACUAAUAGCAGAGAGACUUUGGAAAAACAAAAAUAAGGUUUUUAGGUUUCUUAAGGGCGAUCGACAUGGCGUACGCCCUUUUCAUUUCACAAAAUAAAGAAAAACUGGACCAACUGCAUAAUGUUUUCGGCAUGGAACCUGAGUAUUGUAGCUGGUAUUUAAAGUUAUGAAUAGAGCAUUAAUCAAAA